CUCUGAAUAACCUCAUGCUCCUUCCUGUGCUAUAACGCAGACAAUACACUGAGACCCUUUCACCUCAUUGUCGCCAUAUCCACGGCCCUGGUCUCCCUCGAAACUUGCAGCUGCAUAGGAAUUGGCUGCGGACCGCGGCUCAAUGCAGGCCUAACUGCACUUCAUGUCACUGGAUUCUGCUGACUACGACCCAAUCGGCCACCUAAACGCGAUCUUCUCCCACCCCGCAACCCUCUCCUCUGUCUCGAGCACCUCCGAGGCGCUCCGCAACUAUCAAAAUGACCUGGACGAGGACAUCGCCGUCUUCAUCGCCUCACAGUCCGCCUCCGAUGCCGACAGCGUACAACGGAUACAGGCCGCCAAGGGCGAGCUGGCGGACUUGUUUAAGAAGAUCGAGAGCGUGCGCGAGCGGGCCAUGCAAACAGAGCAGACCAUCACCGACAUGACAGCGGACAUAAAGCGCCUAGAUAGCACAAAACGCAACCUCACACUGUCUAUGACCGCUCUGAAACGACUGCAGAUGCUGACGACGGCCUAUGAGCAAUUGCGGAGCUUGAGCAAGGCCCGCCAGUACCGCGAAUGCGCGCAGCUGUUGCAGGCUGUUAUACAGUUAGUGGCGCAUUUCAAGAGCUAUAGGUCGAUCGACCAGAUUGCGACGUUAAGUCGUAAUGUGGCCGAUGUGCAGGGCGAGCUGCUGGAGCAGGUGUGCGAGGAUUUCGAGGUCACGUUUGCAAAGGGCGACGUUGCGCAAAAGAAGGCGAUGCUGGCUGAGGCGUGUCUGGUCAUUGAUGCGCUUGGCGAUCAUGCUCGCACACGGCUGGUCAACUGGUACUGCAAUACGCAGUUGCGCGAGUACAGACAGGUCUUCCGUGGUAACGACGAGGCUGGAUCAUUGGACAACAUCUCGAGACGCUAUUCGUGGUUUAACCGCAUGAUGAAGACAUACGAUGUUGAGCACGCAGCGAUAUUCCCGGCAUACUGGCGCGUCAACGAGAUGCUCGCCAACUCCUACUGCGAAGGCACACGAGAGGACUUCAAGGGCAUCCUACAGCGGUCCAUGAGACGAGGCGAUGGAAAGACACUGGAUGUUGAUCUGCUGCUAUCGUGUCUUCAGGAGACCCUCAACUUUGAGCACAGCCUAGAACGGCGAUUCUCGAAUGAAUCUCGAUCGUCAAUGGACACCAUCGUCUCCAAGGACGAACGCCCUCACGGCUUCAGCCAAGCCAUCUCGGAAGCCUUCGAACCUUACAUGAGCUUGUGGGUCGAAUCACAGGACAAACAGUUGGCAUCAUUAAUACCCAAGUACCGCCAGCAGCCGCUUCGAAAUACCGAAGAAGAGUUCUCGCCGCAAGCUGUCAUACCAUCAUCGACAGAGCUUUUCCACUUUUACCGGCUCACCCUUGGACAGUGUGCGAAGCUCUCUACAGGAGGCAGACUGGCAGAGUUGUCUACGACUUUCGCAAAAUACCUGGACCAGUACGGACAACAAGUGUUAUACUAUUUUCUCAGCGAGAAGCCGGACGCCCAAGGACCUUCCGUGGAAGAAGCCGUCCUCAUUCUCAAUACCGCAGACUACUGCUAUGUCACCUGCAAUCAGCUCGAAGAGAAGAUCAGAGGGCGUAUCGACGAAGAGUUCAAAGAGAAAGUUGACUUGCAGAGCCAGGCCGAUGCAUUUAUGGGUAUCGCCAGUGCAACUGUCCGUAUGCUUGUUAGAAAGGUCGAGCUAGCAUGCGAACCUACAUGGAGAGAGAUGCGCAACACGCCGUGGAGCAAACUCGAGAGCGUGGGCGAUCAGAGUUCCUACGUUGCUGAGCUACUGCGUCACAUCAAGGAGACCUCAGCCGAGAUACUGAAGUCGCUGCACAAGCAACAAUACGCGCGAGCGUUCUGCGACAACCUCGUCGACCUCACGGCCAACGCAUACAUCGCAAACAUCGUACAGAGCAAGCCCAUCUCCGAAGCCGGUGCUGAGCAGAUGCUGCUAGACUCAUACGUCCUGAAGAAGGGCUUCACAGAGCUUCCCAUACUCAACGAGGAAGCUGGAACAGCUCCACCAGCCAGCUUCGUGAAACGCGUCAACCAAGCCAUGUCACGCAUCGACCCUCUCCUCAAAACCCUCCAAGUCCGCCCUGCACCACCCGAAGCCCUCGUCCAAGCAUACCUAAUCCACAUCGCUGACAAAUCCGACACCAACUUCCGCAAAAUCAUGGACCUGAAGGGCAUCCGCAAAGCCGAACAAACACAGCUACUUGACCUCUUCGCCGCCUUCAAAGCUUCGCCCUCGCACUCCGAACUCGUCGACAACUCGCCUUUCCUCACGCCAAUUCAACUCCAGGCUCCACCAUCGACCGGCGGGAUUGGAAGCAAUGUAGGCAGUGUGAUGGGGCAAAUGGGCACGCCGAGUCUGGCGGCGGGACGGUUCGACCCAGCGGGAUUGGGUAACAUGCUGGUUAAUGCUGCGAGGGAUGGGGUGGAUCGGUUUGGUAGUCCGGCGCCGGGGCAGCCGCAUGCUGAGGGGGAUGGCAAGGCGAAUCUUAAUGAUAAUUUGAAGAAUAUUGGGAAGUUCUUUAGGAGAGAUGUUGGUGGGUUCAGGGGGUUUGGGAAGAGUGACGGGUAGUGGAUUAGGAAAUGAGCGACUUCUACGACUUCCAGCUUGAACUCGAGGCGAUCACCUUCUGAGCUAGUCUUCACUUAAGAGACGGCCAGUCUCUGGCAUGAAGGUGUACUCAGUGUCAGUUCAGAGGUUUUCUGCAGUCUGACAAAGUCUCGUAGGACUAUAGUACUCCAUUUGUAACCUAUACCGAACCUCGUUCUCGCUAGAGACAAUGACUGCCAAGCGUCACCUGGCUCUGGGGCAUUUGAGGGAUGACGGUCACGAAUACUUGUACAUGAGGCGUCAAGUGCUUCCAUGCUCGCCUGGUCGUUCUGACAGCAAACAUCCAUCCACUGAUAUGCAGC